AUGCCUGAUGUUAUAUAUGGUUCCUGGCACUACACUCGUGGUAAAUCUGAUGCCCUCAAUCUAACUGACAGUAAGCCUGUUAAUUUACAUGGAGUGCAGCAUCUUGGCAGUGAAGGUGGCAAAUACACUGUUUCAUUAGAAGUGAAAGAUGUGACAAAUCGUUUUUCUCUUGUAAAGAAAACAGGAACGUAUUUCUCCAAGAAAGAUGAGACAGAUGUUUACUAUGGAUUUGAUGUCAUGUUUGAUCAACCAAUUUGCCUUGAAGCAGGCAAAGCAUAUGAGAUUGUAUCUCUUAUCAAAGGUCCACUAUGGUGGCAUGUGACUAAGGGGAAGGAAUCUGACGAAGUUCAAGGAAUCCAGCUUUCAUAAAGCAAUUCACCUGCUUCUUUAAAUAGUACUUGUGUAAGUAAUGGCCAGUUUUCUGCAUUUAUUUUCAGCAGAAAGCAGUUUAGUCAGCUGAUGACAUUGUUACUUUAUCAUCGAGGUGGCAGUCUGCAAAUUUUCAUUUCUUUAUUUAGGGAAAAGCCUCAUAAAACAAGAGUCAAACAAGGCAGAUUCUCUCAAAGAGAUACCUGGUCCGUGCACACUUCGGCCAAUCUAAUUUUUCAUUUUUCCAACAAAAACGGGAAAGGGACACAUUACUUAUUCUUAUUAUAUUUACAUAUUUUAAAGUACCAAAAAAAAUAGAAAAAAGAAAAUGGUCAGGAAAAUCGAUCAUUUUUCGUUUUUCUAAUUUUGAAGUUAAAUUCAAAAAUACAAAAAAUACUGUAAACGGUUAAAAGUGAUAUUUUGCUAUUUUUUAUUUUUUUGCUUUUGUUAGAAAAGUGAGGAAAAUGAAAUAAUUUCCGAUUCCUAGAUGAUUUUUCUAUUUUUCCGUUUUUCCCAAAAAAUAGAAAAUCGGAGACUUUAGUCUUCUUCGCGGUUGUUUUUGGGGUCGUCAGGCAACGUUCCUUCGCACAAACGGCUGCUUCUUUCGAACUACCGUUCCUUUCCCUUAUGUAACCGAUAUGCCUCUUGAUGUGACCAAUCCGAAUUUGCUUCUCAUAUCCAAACUGUUCGCAGCGUUAGGAACUAGCCAAUCACAGUGCGUGUCUUAUAUUGGGGAGGAGCGUUGUGUUACGACCCUAAAAACGGCUGCGAAGUUGACUAAGGUGGGUUAUAUGAUUCGCGUAUUUUUUUCUAUUGGACCGGACUAUCAGCCAGAUCAGUUAAUCCCUAAAUGGUAUGUGCGGUAGUGAUGGUUUUUAAUAAACAUUUGCAGAAAAGGCUAAUAUUUCUUUUUUCGUAUCCGGUCUGGCCGACCAGUUCUAAUUUUUGGAAAGUGUCCUAAGGUCUAGACCAAACAUCGAACUUUUCAUGAGGCGAAUCAAAGUCUGUUGGAUCAGAAGUCGAAAUUUGGACGUGUUGACUUCUAUAAUCAACUGAAUCAGAUCAGCAAUAAAUUUCUCCCGAAUGAGGCUAAAUAUACAUUAUCAUACAAAUUGUUAAUUUAUUAGUUUAGUUCCUGGCAUGUGAAGGUCGAUGUUUGUCCCAACGGAUUCUAUCCGUCUGAAGCAGAUGGAUAGAUCGUGUUGGACGAUCCAGGCACAUUCAGACAAACUUAAGUGAGCCAUACGUCGAACUUUUACUGCCAGAAUUAUAGCUGGUUUAUAUCUAUACAUUAUAUAGUCUGUAUAGUUAACCACUACCAUAUCCAGUUCAUGAAAUAGGGUGGGCUCGGAAGAUGGUGCUGGCUUUAAUUUUGAAGUUGCUCAAACUUCAAAAGCUGCUGAAAAGUUGCCGUGCAAAUUUUAUGUACGUGUACCUUAUCUUUGUUAUUCGUUACUUCUGCCGAAUAAAUCAUAGGUGUAAUAAAUAUGUUAUUUUAAACACGGAAUUACUGCUUUGUCUGGUCUGGCCCUAUUUAAUAGUCUAUAUGCGAAAAAGACUAUAAUUCAAACAAAGAAUGGGUGACCUGUGCCAAACCCGCGAAGAACCCGGGUACUAGAUUUAGAAACGUAGAGUACUUGAGAGGACGGGAAGGUUAACGAUGGUGCAAACUACGUAUACGUUGUAAUCAGAAGGGUGUAAUCACUGCAAUGGCUACUCUUGAUGAUAACUGGCAGACAAAACGUCCAUCUAUCAGCGAGAGAACCAAAUUUAUUUUCAAUAACGAGUUAUUAAGUGAUGUGAAGUUUGUAGUUCCUACGUCGCAUAACGAUUUAAGUGAAAGCCGGAAGAGUCAGAAGUGCAUUCCAUCUCACAAGUUUAUACUUGCAAUCAGCAGCCCUGUUUUCUAUGCCAUGUUCUACGGUGAAAUGGCGGAGACUUCAGGCACUAUUCAACUGCCCGACUGUGAUUAUGAGAGUCUCUUGGAGUUGUUUCGUUUUCUGUACAGCGAUAAAGUGAAAUUGAGCGGAAGUAAUGUCAUGCAAGUUCUCUACUUGGCAAAGAAAUAUCUGGUACCUUCACUCGCUGAUAAGUGCACUGAAUAUCUUCGGGACCAUCUAGAGGCGUCGAAUGUGUUCUCUGUUCUGCCGCAGGCUCAGAAAUUUGAGGAUAAAGAUUUGGAAGAACGGUGCUGGGAAGUAAUUGAGACGCAAACCGAGAAUGCUUUGACGUCGGAAGAAUUUGUCACGCUUGAGAGGUCUCUUGUUGAGUCUGUCGCGAAAAGGGAGAGAUUGAAUGUAAAGGAAGUGGAUUUAUUCAAGGCUGUUGAUCGCUGGGCCACCAAAGAAGUGGAAAGGCAAGGGCUUACCCUUGACGGCGUGGUCAAAAGAAGGCUUCUUGGAGAGGAAACUGUGAAAGCAAUAAGGUUUCCAGUGAUGUCGCAGAAGGAGUUUGCUUCAGUUGUUGUGGAUUGUGACAUUCUGACUAAAAAAGAGAUUGGUUUGAUGAUGAAACAUUACGGUGGUGUCGGUUUAGAGACUUAUUUACCAUUCAUGCAUUCCCCUAGACAGUCUAGACAGCGUGAUGCUUGGCUUUUGCAUCGAGUUUACAGAUUUGAAAGUGUAAGCCAGCCUGAAAUGCCGUGUGGUUUCUUUCGUGGCUCCUGGAACUACGCUCGUGGUGAAUCUGAUGCCCUUAAACUUACUGCCAGUAAACCUGUCACUUUACAUGGAGUGCAGCAUUUUGGUGAAGGUUACAAAUGUUACAGUGUUUCAUUAGAAGUGAAAGAUGUGGCAAAUGGUUAUUCUGUGGCAAAAACGAGGGGCACGUUUGUCUCCAAGAAAGAUGAGGCAAAUGGUUACUAUGGAUUUGAUGUCAUGUUUGAUCACCCUGUUUCCCUUGACCAGGGUAAAACGUAUGAGAUUGUAUCACUUAUCAAAGGCCCGCCAUCGUGGCGUGUGAUACACGGCAAAAACUCGGACGAAGUUGAAGGAAUCCAGUUUUCAUUCAGCAAAUCAGCUUCUUCUAGGAAUGGAACUGAUGUUAACCUUGGCCAGUUUCCUUCAUUUAUUUUCAGCAGAGUGUCGUUUAAUUCUUAA